UCACCUGGUAGUCACACCACAGCCACUCUUGAGGGGAGAUGCACCACGUUUGACGCAAACAUGACUGGUGAUAAAACGCAGAAAAUUUGCGAGACCAAGUGCCUGUGGAGGCCUGAUGUGAGAAAGAAAACGAAGAUUGACGAAUUCCGAGAAGUUGUGAACAAAAAGUACUCUAAUUCCUUUGGUAAUUACCAAGAGUUGUACAAGUGGUCUGUGGAGCAGUAUUCAGACUUCUGGGAAACAUGGUGGGAAUUUGGAGGUUUUAUAUACUCAUCACCUCCUACACAAAUUGUGGAUUCUUCUCUUAACAUCACACAAGUACCACGCUGGUUUACUGGUGCCAAACUUAAUUUUGCUGAAAAUCUUCUCCGCUUUCGUGAUGAUCAUAUUGCAAUAUAUGCAACGGGAGAAGGACAGCAAGGCAUAACUGCAGUCACAUAUGAACAGCUGUAUAAACACGUUGGUGCUUAUUCAAGAGCACUUAAGAGCCAUGGUGUGAAGACUGGUGAUCGUGUAGUGGGUUAUGUACCCAACUGCUCAGCUUCAAUACAGGCCAUGCUAGGUACAGCAUCCUUAGGAGCUGUGUGGAGCUCAACAUCCCCUGACUUCGGUAUUACGGGAGUCUUGGAGCGGUUUACUCAAAUCGAGCCAACUAUUUUGUUUACUGUUGAAGCUGUAGUUUAUAAUGAUAAAGUUCAUGACCAUCUAGGCAAGGUCAAGAAAGUGGUUACUGGUUUGAAACACUUGAAAAAAGUUGUCAUUAUUCCAUUUGUCCACAAAAGGAAUGAAAUUGACAUUUCUGACAUUCCUAAUGGUAUGUUCCUAGAAGACUUUCUAGCUGAAUGGGAGAGCGAUGAAGAGGUGGAAUUUGAACAGGUUCCUUUUCAUCACCCUUUAUUUAUUAUGUUUUCCUCUGGAACCACUGGUAUUCCCAAGUGCAUGGUCCACUCUGUUGGUGGUACCCUCAUUCAGAUAGCAAAAGAGCAUGUGUUGCAUUGUGAUCUCUCUCGGGACGAUGUCUUUACUUACUACACCACGACUGGUUGGAUGAUGUGGAACUGGCUAGUAGUGGGCUUGUUUUCUGGCUGUUCACUGUUUCUGUAUGAUGGCUCUCCUCUUCUGCCCACUCCCAAUGUGCUCUGGGAUCUGGUUGACAAGUUAGGAGUCACAGUGCUGGGUACAGGUGCUAAAUGGUUGGCCGUACUGGAAGAAAAAGGGAUUAUACCUCGUGAAACGCACGACUUGUCAUCAUUGCGAGCCAUACUCUCCACUGGCUCUCCUCUGGCUCCACAUUCCUUCCAUUAUGUUUACAAUAAUAUUAAAGAGGAUGUCAUGUUGGGAAGCAUUACUGGGGGCACAGAUAUUAUAUCUUGUUUCAUGGGCAGCAACCCCAACCUGCCUGUCUUUGAAGGAGAGAUACAAGGAAGGAAUUUGGGCAUGGCUGUGGAGGCUUUCAGAGAUGGGCAGCCUGUAUACAACAUACGAGGAGAGCUAGUGUGCACCAAACCAUUUCCUUCUAUGCCAACACAUUUCUGGAAUGACGAUGGUGGCAUAAAAUAUACAAAAGCUUAUUUUGCAAAGUAUCCCAACACUUGGACCCAUGGAGAUUAUAUCAUUAUCAACUCAAAAACUGGAGGGAUAACCAUGUUGGGACGAAGUGAUGGUACUCUUAAUCCAAAUGGUGUCAGGUUUGGCAGUGCAGAGAUAUAUAAUAUUGUUGAGCAGUUUGAAGAAGUCAGUGACAGUGUAUGUGUGGGCCAGAGGAAUGCUGCUGGUGAAGAAAGAGUAGUGUUGUUCUUGAAGCUUCAUCCAUGUAUGGAAUUCACCCAAGAGUUUGUACGCCGAAUUGUAUUGGCCAUACGCUCUGAACUCUCAGCCAGACAUGUUCCCGCUCUUAUUCUUCCUAUCACUGAAAUUCCAUACACAGUGAGUGGCAAAAAGGUGGAAGUAGCAGUGAGACAAAUGAUUCAAGGAGAGUGUGUAAAGAACAGGGCUGCCCUCUCCAAUCCUGACUCGCUUGACCUUUAUGCCAACAUCCCACAACUACAGGCUUGGUGAAGUUCUUCUCACUGCUAGUACCUCAAACUAAAACUUGCAUCCAGCUACUGUGUGAAACGGAUGGUGAAGUGUGCCUCAGCUGCUGUGUUGAAGGGCUUGAGGUAAGUCCCCUAACUGCUUCAGCUAAAAUAUUUCCAGUGUUUCACCAGUUCCUCCAAUGACUUGUUGCCUUUUUACAGAGGGACUGUGGAAGUUAUUGCUGUGUGAUAGUGUAGCUUGGAUAAAUUAUCCUCAAAUAUUUUAUUAGUUGCAGCUGCAGUAUGUCAGUGACAGUACUUUAGUGGCUUAAAUUCUUGAAUACUUGGCAGCGAGACUUUUUGAUAGGUAUUUAAGCAAAAUAAAGUUUAUUUCAUUUAACAAAGUUGUUAAAUUUGAUGUACUAUAGUAUUUAAAAAAAAAAAAUUAGUUCAAAAUACAGUGCCAUUAAAGGUUGUAAGACACCUUUGUAAUUUUUAAUAGAAUUUGUUCUGUAAGUUAUAUAACCAUUUUGGUAUAUAUUUUAUACUUUAAUAUUUAUGACAAAUACCAUUGAUAUUGGUUACUUUAGUAGAGUAUCAUUUUAAUCAGCAUAACCUAAAAUACAGCUACUGUAUUUGUAUCGAUCAUUUUGACCAGUUUCCAUGAAAGUUUUCCUCAACAUUCUUAGCCAUCCUGUAAUAUAAUUGCUUAUCCCUCUACUGCAGCUACAGGAUAUGCUACUGAAAGUAGCUUAUUCAUUGUUCAGAAAAUUUGUAAAUAGGAUUGACUGUUAUUGUACUAAAAACCUUUGUUUUCAAAUUGUCAUAGUUAUGUGCUACAGCUUAUCAAUCUCUAGGAACUGCAGUAUUGAUGCAUUAUCACAAAUUGCGAAGUUUCCCCUUUGUGGUAAAUUUUCCCGCAUUAUGGAUAAAAAAAUGUUGGGUGCUUUGGAAAUUACUGUGGUUAUCUUACUGCUUUUAGAAUCUUGCCUCUGGCUCAAUGUUCUCAUUGCACAUGUAUAAUCAUUCAUUAAAAUCAGCUUAUUCAUUUCAGUCAAGCCUCUCUUAAUCUGAUAUUAGAUACCAAGGCAUUUUUUAAUUAAAAUGUUUCCCAGUCCAACAAACAAUAUACAUUUCAGCUGAGCUUCAUUCUGUUUUAUCUCAUAAAUUAGUUGCUAUUUACACACUUGCCAAGUAAGAUGGACAAACAGAUAACAAAUACAGGUACAACACCAAUUUUCCGAAACCCUUGGUUCCUAGGCUUUGCUGUACAGUAUGUAUGUUAAUUUUUGCCAGAAUAACAGAGGUUAUAUUAUUCAACAAUACAUCUCUGACCCACUAUUGUCUGCUGGAAACUUAAAUUAAACAGUAUAAAUGAAACAUUUAUUUAUUACUGUACUUACAAAGAUUAUUGCAGUACUUCUGCUCCCAAAGUGGCAAAUUUUAGAGUUGUAAUGUAGCUGCUGAGCUAAUCACUAGCCAUAGUUAGGGUUAAUUAUUAGCAAAAUAUGCUAAGAAUUGCAAAAAAUUGAGGAUCGUCAACAACUGUAGUCUAAACAAUAUAAGUGAGCAUGUACUGCAUAACGCCAUCUGUGGCUGCUAAUUAAACUAUUUUGGCAAAAAACGUAUAAUCUUGUAAUUUUGUCUAGACUAAAAGAGGUGCCAGAGCAUCACUUCUCGGUAAAUCGGUGUUACAAUUUUAUUAUAUGGUACUACAAAUUAAAGAAAUGUGUGUGUGCACGUUGUUUUAACCUGAUUCAUUGAAGUCACAAUAUUGAAAGUCUAGCAAAAAAAAAUACUACUUAAUUUUCCAGAGGACAAUUUGUGUGUAUUGAAUUUGUGCAUUGUAUUCAUAGCAAAGUGCUAAGCCCAUACAGUAUCUACAGAAUUGGAAGUAAUUAGGCUUAAUCUAAGGUAAGGGAGGGUAGUUUAAUUUCUUGAAUCAAGAGUCAUUCAUUAACACCAAGGUUCCUUGAAUGAAGGCAUGUGUGCUUUGAAAAAAAAUUGGUAUACUAAAUAAAGAAUAAUUUAAACAAAUUCCCAAGCUCAAAUUCUCUGAAAAAAAAAUUAUUGUGUGUUACAAGUUUUAGAUUAGUGAGGUUUGACUGAAACUGCAAUACAAAUUCUUAUUAAAUCUGUACUGUAUACAGGCAAUAUAGUUCCAUCUUGAGAUAUAUGGUACUGUACUGUAAUGUUUUAGAUUAUAAAAUAUUUUAGUAGGUUAUCUUGAUGUAUAGUACAGUAUGUACUUGCAGAUUUUUCAUGUUUGUACAGAAAAGGAAAUGUUGCAGAUCUUUCACCAGCAAAAUGCACAAAAUGUAGAAAAGCUAUAAAUAAAUCACUAAGUAAUAAUUCACAGUGGAAAAGAUUUAUGAAUAUACAUUUGAGUAAAUGGCGAGUUUAAUGUGCUUCGAGAUCACUUGUGAGUAAUACUUUGAGUGUUAUGCUCUUAGUGAAAAAUUUUGAAACCAAUCUGUGAUUGUAACCUUUCCUUAUACAUAACUCACUGUUCAAAAGCAUUAAGGAAAUUUAAUUUGUAUAUUGUACAUACAUCAAUUAUAAACCAUGUGUUGUCAAUAUUUUUUUUUUCAACACGUCGGUCAUCUCCCACCAAGGCAGGGUGACCCAAAACGAAAGAAAAUCCCCAAAAAGAAAAAAUACUAUCAUCAUUCAACACUUUCACCUCACCCAUACAUAAUCACUGUCUCUGCAGGGGCACUCAAAUACGACAGAUUUAGAAGUCCCUCCAAACCGCCAAUAUCCCAAACCACUCCUUUAGAGUGCAAACAUUAUACUUCCCAUGUAUUUUUUAAUCAAAAUACAUGUAUCUCAGUUGAUGAUGAAAGUUUUUUCUUUCUUUUUGGGUCACCCUGCCUUGGUGGGAAAUGGCCGAUGUGUUAAAAAAUAAAAAUCUCAGUUGAAUAUACGUACAUGUACAUAAUUGCUUACAUUGUUCAAAUAUUUUAUUAAAUUUAAUUUUAUUUAUAUGCAAGUAUACAUGACUUGGAAAUACUACCAGGAGAGAAGUUGGAAGCACACUUUUUUCAUACAGUACUAAACUGUGCUCUUCUGUGAUCAUUCCAUAAGCAGUGUCUGCCAACUUUGUGUUUUCUCAUUACUUUUUCCAUUAUCUACUAUUGUACAUUAUUCUUUAUAAUGUCAUAACCUGCCUCAUUAUUUCUGCCUGUGAAAGCAAAAUCAUCCUAUAGCCCCCCUUUUGCAGCUGCUUGGGAAGAAGAUAAAUUUCAUUUCUGAAGAUAUUUUUUUAAUAUAAAGAAUGUUAAUAGUAAAUAUGUUUCAUUGCACUUCUUUUUAAUGUUUCCCUAAUCUGUUGAAAGUGCAUUUAUACUGAAGAUGCUUUAUGUCUGAUGUAUAGCAUUAACUUAUAUAGAACCUCACAAUGCAAUAAUUUAAGAGUCAGUUUUGUGAAAUAGUAAAUAUUUAGUAUUACUGUAUUUAAUGGCAGUGGUCUGUCAUGUUAAAUUUAAAAGAAAAAUUUCUCAUUGUUACCCAGAUUGGGAAAAUAUUAGUCUUCAUGAACAUUUGUGAUAUUGGUUAACUAUUUUCAUAAUUAUGAAGAUACAGUGGACCCCCGGUUUACGAUAUUAUUUCAUUCCAGAAGUAUGUUCAGGUGCCAUUACUGAACGAAUUUGUUCCCAUAAGGAAUACUAUUGUGAAUUAGAACAGUCCAUUUCAGACCCCCAAACAUACACGUACAAACGCACUUACAUAAAUACACUCACAUAAUUGGUCGCAUUGGGAGCUGAUCGUAAAGCGGGGGUCCACUGUAUAUUUGCUUAGCAACAUCCAUACUGAAUUUAAUUCCAGAAUGUUGGUAAAUUUUACAUUAAUUUAUUUUUUUAAUAAUCAUGUAAAUUUAUGUGAACUCUUCUACUAAUGACAUGUUAGGCCUAAGCUACAUCAUUCAUGGGUAAUGCAAGGUAAUCAGGAUUCACCCAGGGAGAAGGUAGCUCCAGUUCCUCAAAUCAAGUCCUUCAACAGCAAGAAGGUAACCCCCUUUGAAGGGAGAAUCUCUUAAGUAUAUAAACUUACCAGAUGUUGCCUCAGCAUCCAUGCUGAUUUUGUUAACUUUUUGACUAAUAAAAAGUAUGCCUAU